UGGAUUUACCGGUAUCCGUCAUUAUUUUCGUUUUGUGCUGUGGGAUGCCCAUAUUUGGCCAAGACGACAAUGGCCUGCAGAUUGAAUUCCAGAGCAAAAUUGGAGACGGAGAAAGUGCAAACAUUAAACAAAUACAGGUUGACAGUUCAAGUACAGACAGAUUCCAGGUGGUAUGUAUGGUUAACAAAGUGAAUGAAUUGUUUAAAAUCGGUUCAUUAAGGAUACAAUAUCAGGCGAGUGCAAAUGCCCAAGACUUUACGGACCUGGCUGUAUUGCAAAAUGUUGAUGACAAGAAUGCAGACACAUAUCAAAAACCUGUAUUAGCAUCUGGUGCAGGUUCUGGCUGGAUUGUAGAGGGAAGUUUCGAUUCAACAAGCAGUAAUGGACGGGAUAGUACCUUGGGCGUGUCUCGUUUAGUUUCUUCUAUUACCUGUAGUAAUGCAGUGGAGUACAGAUGUCAUCUUGUCUACAUCAAACCUGCACCCGGAUUUAAUUCUGGCACUGGUAUAAUUUCAAAAGAACUUGAUGUCCAAGUUUUACCUACCACCAUCACAAGGAAUGUCUACAACAUGAGUAGCUUGAGUAGCUCACUCCCAAUAGCUCUUUCUGACUUAAUUGGACCCUUCUACGUGGGUCAAACAGUCAUGAUCGAGUGCUCGGCCAACAUCGGCUCCUACAACGGUACUGCCCAGAUCCGCUGGUUGAAGAGUAACAUUGUUUCUGGCCGUCCCCUCGCUCCGUACUACAGUCUUGAUGCAGUCCUUGGUAUUCCUCAGUCCAUGGGCAACUGUGUGUAUAAACAGACGGAUUCUGUGACAUACAAUAUGACGGCCCAGGAUGCUACUAGAAUGGCUGACAACAGACUUUAUUUUCAGUGCUACGUUUACAUUCCUGGCAUAAGCUGGGAAACACCUGUAGACCAACGAUGGAAUUUCAAAUUCAUUGUCUAUUCUGGAGGCAAAACGUCUCAUGAUGACACAGAUGUUGUUGAUAAAGAAUGUAGCUCAACGGGAACAGUAACCAGCGGAGUAUUUGGUGGAGUUGUUGGCGGAGUUGUUGCUCUAGCUGCCAUUGUUGUGGCUGUUUUAAUCAUUUCCAGAAGAUAUCAGUUUCCUUGUGUGCAAACCUCAGACAAUGCAAAAAAUACCAAAAUGCAAUCAGAUCCAGUGGUUAAGACUCAGACAGCGUCACCUUACGAACACCUGGCUACCAGAGCGCAAACGGAAUACACAGCGAUAGGCAUGACUGCUGUUGGACAAUCUUGUGCUGGCAGUCCCAACAAUGAAACCUCCUCUUAUGAGCGUAUUCACGCCAGGGAAAAUGCCGCUUAUACAGAGCUGGGAGCUUACUCUCCAGAGAGUCAGACUCAAGUUGAGAGUCAACAGACAGACUCGCAUACAGCAAGCAGUAAUUAUGAAGUUCCAGCCAACCGUGUCAUGAUGUAGAACCCACAGUUGUGUGCAGAAGAUGCAUUCGCUUGAGACUCAUAAAAGUAGAACAUGCAUUUGCUUGAGACUCAUAGAAGAAGAUACAUUUUCUUUUAACUCAUAUAGCAUACAUUUACACGUGACGAAUAGCAGUAGAAGAUACAUUUGAUUGUGAAGUUAAAGUUAGUGCAUCCACAACCAGUAGAUUUUGAAUUACACGAGCCGUUGUAGGAAUGUAUAACUUCAAUCAUCAGGGAAGUGGGUUGUAUUAUGUUGUCAAGGAGGUUACCCAAUAGCUCGAGUGCGUAGAAGUGAAAUAUAAUUGCAAUUUAUGAAAUGACAGGAUGAUACAUUUGUGCUAUGUUUGUUUUUGUUUUAAACGUUUUGAGUAUAUUAUUUAGUGUACGGAUAUUGCAUCGGGUUUUUAAAGUCGUCUUUGAAUCUUUAAUUUUUCAGCAUGUCCUCGUAUUUCCCAUUGUAUUAUUAAAGAUGUGGAUAAAUGUGGAUGCCCGUAGUAAGGACAGAGUCUGACUCCAUUCCUGCUGUUAAAUAUAUCUCAACCUAUCCAUAUACAAUAUAAUAUAAUUUAUUAUUACUGAUUAUGUACUAAUACCAAAAAGCAAACUUCUUUGCACAUAAACAGUAACAGGUAUGAUUUUGUUUAAAAUAAAGGGGGCAUUCAAUAUGUAAUGCAUCAAAUGCGUUAAUGUUUUGCUGUAGAAAUAAUAUGUUUUGUACAUAAAAUUAAAGUAUCUUAGUGAUAAUUUCGUUCAACAAUGUUAAGGACUGAGCAAGAAAUAACAAAAACAUUUCAUAACCCUAGGGCAAGAUCGCUGAAAAACCUGUAUCUCUUAAUAACAAACGACUGCUUGUUUCAAAUGUAAAAACAAUCAUCUUCCUUCACGUUUAUUUGGAAAACUUUACUAUUUACUUUUAUAAUAUUAACCUGAUUUGAUUCGGUAAGUUGUCAUUAUUCGUCCAGCAUUAACCAUCAAACAAAAUGUUAAUAUAAAAUGUUUACAUCAAUAAAUAUUUGCUGGUAACUAGCAAUCGAAUAAUAAAACAUGUACAUUUAGCUCUCACAGCGAAACACUAAACUUUGACAAACAUUUAAACAUUUCAAAAUAUGAUUAUAUUUAUUUGCAGUAAAACAAGAAGCACUAAAUUAGUGCAUAUAUUAAGUUAAGUUCUACGUUAACUUGAUAAUUCGUUUACAGAUUUAUUUUGUUUUCUUACCUCAUUUUGAAAGUGGCAAAACUUAUUGACUCCAUUCCCCAAAAUCAACCAUAUUAAUCCUGCAUGACACCUGUCACUGUAUUUUCAAUUGUAUCAUUAUGGAGAGUGUAUAGCUUAGGCCAAAU